UUUUGGAUGGGAGCUGGCUAGGCAGGCAGGAUAUUCCUUACAACAGAAUGGUGACAGUGAGAGAAUGAAAACUUUCUGUCUCAUAGAAGAUACCAGCUAGCUGAAAUUAGCUUAAGAAAUCCGUGUGAAGGCUUUUUAUUUCGAUGGGGAUGCUCUAUUUCUAGCACUGGAAACAAAUAUAUAUAGGAGGAAAGAUGGAUCCCUUGUUUUGGCCACCAGAAACCAACAGCUUUCAGCGUUUCACUCCUGAGUCCUUGGCAGCAAUUGAGAAGAGAAUUGCAGAGAAAAAAAAGAAGAAAGCCAAAGCUAAGAAGGAGAGUAGUGACCAAGAAGUUGAAGAAGAUAAACCUACUCCUCAGCUUGAUCUGAAAACCUACAAAAAACUGCCAUCUCUCUAUGGGGAUGUUCCUGUGGAGCUUGUUGGGGAACCCCUGGAAGAUUUGGAUCCAUACUAUAGUGAUCACAAGACUUUCAUGGUGAUAAAUAAAAGGAGGAUUAUUUUCCGGUUUACUGCCACGCCUGCCUUAUGUAUACUUGGUCCUUUCAAUCCAGUCAGAAAAGCAGCAAUUCACAUUCUGAUCCAUUCAAUAUUUGUUGGCUUUAUUACAUGUACCGUGGUACUCAAUUGUGCUUCCAUGGCUGUAAGUAACCUUCCAGCAGAGCUCAACUGGACUGAACAUCUUUUUACUGGCAUAUAUACUGCUGAAAUAUUGAUAAAAUUAUUAGCAAGAGGAUUUGUUUGGAAUGAAUUUACCUUUCUUCGAGAUCCGUGGAACUGUUUGGAUUUUGUUGUUAUUAUUGUAACGUAUGUUAGUAUCUGUAAAACAUCAGGAAAUGUUUCAGCUCUUCGGACUUUCAGAGUACUGAGGACUUUGAAAGCUAUUUCAGUAAUACCAGGUCUGAAAGUCAUCGUAAAUUCACUUAUUGAAUCUGUUAAGAAACUUACCGAUGUGCUGAUCUUGACUGUUUUUUGCUUGAGUAUAUUUGCUCUAAUAGGCCUCCAGCUUUUUAUGGGCAAUUUAAAAUUCAAAUGUAUCCUCAAUUCUACUACAGUUGAAACGUACAAUGACAUUUUAUGUAAGGAUGCCAAGAUAUAUUCACCAAAUGAACCUGAUAUCUGCGCCAGAAUGAAUAAAUCUUCUGAAAUACUGCUCUGUGGUUUCAGUUCGAAUCCCAAUGGAGAGUGCCCCCAAAACUAUACAUGCUUGCAGAUGGGGAAGAAUCCAGACUUUGGCUACACUAGUUUUGACCAUUUUGGCUGGGCCUUCCUUUCCUUAUUCCGUCUGAUGACACAAGAUUCCUGGGAGCGUCUCUACAGACAAACUAUCCGCACAUCUGGGAAGAGCUACGUUUUAUUUUUUAUGGGAGUCAUCUUUUUAUGCUCAUUUUAUCUCUUCAAUCUGAUCUUGGCUGUAGUAACUAUGGCGUAUGAAGAGCAAAAUAAAGCUACUCUUGCUGAAACACAGGCAAAGGAAAAAUUACUUCAGGAUGCUCAUCAAAUUCUAGAGAAAGAACAGAUGUUGGCUGCUGGAGAGAGUGAUAAGGCCUUACAUGUCAGAUCUGAAAUGCCAGUUGCUGACUUAGAAAAUUCAAAAGAAAAAGAGAUGAAAGGAGAAAAACCCAUUUUAAGACAAAGCCUAAUUUUAGGUGAUCAUGGUGAAGAGGAACACAUAUUUUAUUCACAGCCUUAUCAUUGCCAAAAGAAACUUAGGCAGAUCCUGCUGUCCUAUGAAUUGUCAAUGGACUCCAUUAAUGAUCCUCUUCGAAGACAGAGGUUAAUGAGUGCAGCCACUGUUAUUACAGAUAAUUUGCAAUUGCAGGAGUCAAAGCUGAAAUUCCCUUUAUUUUGGAAACGUUUUGCUCAAAAGUAUCUUAUAUGGAAUUGUAGCCCAUUCUGGAGAUUAGUCAAAGAGAAGGUGAAAUUAGUAAUUUUGGAUCCAUUUGUUGAUCUCAUAAUCAUGAUUUGCAUUAUAGUGAAUACUUUUUUCAUGGCUCUGGAGCACCCUGAUAUGACACCCCUUUUCAAAGACAUGAUUUAUAUAAGUGACAAGGUCUUCACCCUGAUUUUUGCAGCAGAAAUGAUCUUGAAAAUCAUCGCUCUGGAUCCUUACUACUACUUUCAGCAAAAAUGGAAUAUUUUUGAUAGUGUAGUUGUUAUGGUGGGCUUAAUAAGUUUUAAUGCAAAUCUGUCAUUUUUCAGGCUGCUCAGGAUCUUCAAAUUGGCAAAGAUGUGGCCAGCCUUAAAUACUCUUAUGAAAAUAAUUCUAAACUCAGUUGGUGCUCUGGGUAACCUCACUCUGGUUUUGAUUAUCACUGUAUUUAUUUUUGCUGUAGUAGGAAAGCAGGUUUUGGGAAAAUGUUAUGAGACUAACUUCUCAAAAAUAAAUACAGACAGUAAUUUACGCUGGCAUAUGAAGGAUUUUUGUCAUUCAUUCCUGGUCAUAUUCCGAAUAUUAUGUGGAGAAUGGAUUGAAACCAUGUGGGAAUGUAUGGAAGUGGCUGGAGAAGGUCUGUGUCUUCUCAUUUUCCUGCUAGUCCUGGUGAUAGGAAACUUAGUGGUGCUCAACCUAUUCAUUGCCUUGCUGCUGAGUUCGUUCAGUACCGACUCCUCAACGGGUCAAGAGGAAGCUGAAAAACAGACUAAAUGUCAGAUUGCCAUUGCACGGAUUCACAAGGGCCUGCAGUCUGUGAAAGAGGGAAUUUUGGAUAAAUGUGGCAAAAUAAUGAAAGGAAACCUCAAAACAACAGCCAAAAAGAAUUCUUUGGUGAAAACUUCUACCCAAGACCUAGAAGAAAAUAGCUAUCCCAUGACAGAUGUCACAAAGGAUAUAGACAACAGUUUUUUUGACAUUGGGUAUUACAAUACUGAAGAGAGUUCUUCAGUACCAAGGAAAUACGAAGAAUUUUCAACUUACCAUAGUACCUGUGUUCCCAUUGCAGUAGCAGAGACUUACACCGAUGAAGGUGGUGAUAAUCAGAGUGUGUACACAGAAACUGAAUACAGAAAACGGGGAGACAGAUUAAAACGUAGAGAGCAGUGCCAGAGUUCAAGCAGCUUCAGUCAGAUUUCUGGGACUUCAGAAACUCUAAGUUGCUUUUCGGAAACGCACCAAAAAAAAGGACAAAAUGAGAGAUUUGAUGUUGGUAGCUAUUCUGAAGCCAGCACUGUGGAUCCAGUUGCUCUUACGGACAUAUUUUCCCAGCCUCAGAAAUCACACCUACCUAAGCCCUGUUUUGGUGAAAGUUGUGUUGAAUGUUCUCCGUGUUGUGCAGUAGAUAUCACUAAGUUUCCAGGCAGCACUUGGUGGAAAUUUAGAAAAACCUGCUACAAAAUUGUCAGACAUAGCUGGUUUGAAAAUUUUAUCAUUUUUAUGAUAAUAUUGAGCAGUGCAGCACUGGCAUUUGAAGAUAUUAACCUUGAAAAAAGAAAAACAAUUAAAAUGCUCCUAGAGUAUGCUGAUAAAAUAUUUACUUACAUCUUUUUUAUGGAGAUGCUUCUGAAAUGGAUAGCUUAUGGUUUGUACAGCUAUUUCACAAAUAGCUGGUGUUUGCUUGACUUCAUCAUUGUAUGUCUUUCAUUCGUUUCCUGGGGACUAAAAUCUGUUUCCCAAGACAAAUUACUUUGUUCCCAUGGGAGUGCCCUGAAAUCCCUCAGGACGCUGAGAGCGCUGAGGCCUCUUCGAGCUUUGUCAAGAUUUGAAGGGAUAAAGGUUGUUGUGAAUGCACUCUUGGGAGCUAUCCCCUCGAUCCUGAACGUUUUACUCGUCUGUGUUGUCUUCUGGCUCCUGUUUAACAUUGUAGGAGUAAAACUACUUGGAAAAAAGUUUUGGAAAUGCACACUGAAGACAGGAAAUAUCAGUGAAAUUAAAAACAAAACUGACUGUUUAAAAAAUAGUGGAACAUGGGUGAAUAAUGCUGUAAACUUUGAUCACGUUGGAAUGGGAUACUUGGCUCUUCUCGAAGUGGCGACUUUUAAAGGUUGGAUGGACAUUAUGUAUGCAGCAGUGGAUUCACGUGAGAUAGAUGAGCAGCCAAGCUUUGAAGCAUUCUUACCCAUGUACUUUUUUUUUGUGCUUUUUAUUAUUUUUGGAUCUUUCUUCAUGCUGAACCUUUUCAUUGGAGUGGUUAUCAGCAAUUUUAACAAACAAAGGAAAAAGUUAGGUGGAAAAGAUCUAUUUUUAACCGAGGAACAGAAAAAGUACUAUAAUGCCCUAAAAAAACUUGGAUCCAAGAAACCUCAAAAACCCAUUCCAAGACCACAGAAUAUGUUCCAAGGAUGUCUCUUUGAUAUAGUAUCACACAAGGCAUUUGACAUUAGUGUCGUGACUCUCAUCUGUCUAAAUAUGGUUGUCAUGAUGGCAGAAAAUGACGAUGAAGCCGUCAAGAACGUUCUUAAAAAUAUCAACUAUUUUUUUGUGGCAGUAUUUACUGGGGAAUGUGUCAUAAAAAUACUAGCCUUGCGACAUUAUUUCUUCACCAGUGGCUGGAACAUAUUUGAUUUAGUUGUUGUGAUCCUCUCACUAGCUACUAUUGGACUUGCUGAAGGCUUUUCAAGCUUCUUCUCUCCCACGCUUCUGAGAAUUUUUCGUUUGGCACGAAUUGGACGAAUCCUGAGACUGAUUCGAAAAGCUAGAGGAAUUCGAACUCUUCUUUUUGCAUUAUUAAUGUCUCUUCCUGCUCUGUUCAACAUUGGUCUUUUGCUUUUCCUGGUUAUGUUCAUUUAUGCUAUUGUGGGCAUGACAAACUUUGCCUGUCUUGGCUGGGAAGAUGGGAUUGAUAACCUCUUCAACUUUCAAACUUUUGAAAGUAGCAUACUCUGUCUCUUCCAAGUUAUAACAUCAGCUGGCUGGGAUGGUCUUUUGAGUCCCCUGAUAAAAGAACCUGCAUCAUGUGCUCCCAACUUAAAUAUAACAGAUAAAGACAGCAAUAGUUGCAGAAAUAAGGUUGUUGGUAUUGCAUUUUUUGUGAGCUAUGUCAUUAUAUCAUUUCUCAUUGUUGUAAACAUGUACAUAGCUGUCAUUUUAGAGAACUUCAGUGUCGCCACUGAAGAAAGUGCAGAUCCACUUUGUGAGGAUGACUUUGAUAUGUUUUAUGAAACCUGGGCAAAUUUCGAUCCUCAGGCAACACAGUUUAUUGAAUAUUCUGCUCUUUCAGACUUUGCAGAUGCACUGGCAGAACCUUUACGAGUUCCAAAGCCAAAUACAAUUCAGCUCAUAUCGAUGGACCUCCCUAUAGUGAGUGGAGAUAAGAUCCACUGCUUGGAUAUCUUGCUUGCUUUCACUAAAAGGGUCUUAGGAGAAUCUGGGGAUUUGGAUAGUCUGGAAUUACAGAUGGAAGAAAAAUUUAUGGUUGCCAAUCCAUCAAAAGUUUCCUACAAGCCAAUUACUACAACCCUUAAAAGAAAACAAGAGGAGGUGUCAGCUCUUGUUAUUCAAAGGGCCUUCAGGAGGCAUUUGGUGCAGCGUUCUUUGAGACACAAAUCUUUCUUACGCCAUCAUAAACAUUGUAACAGUGCUAUCUUUGAAGAAGAGACACACGAGAAGGAAGGUCUUAUUCCAUCAGUGCUUAAUGGAAAUUAUGGUAGGAAGAUAGACAAAUCAAAAACUACAUCUUCCAUAUCUCUCCAUUUAUUCUAUGAUAAUAUUGCUGAAACAGAUAGUGAUAGUGUGGACACAUAGUUUAGCCCAGGCUGCAGCAUUUUUAUAAAACCAAUAAGAAUUAUUUUGAAAUGGAGAAAGUCUUCAAAUUCUAUUAAUUGGAUGAAAAAAUAUCCUUAAUUUACAGUAGUUAUAGUAUCCUUUAGGUAUUGUGAUUGUUCAGUUUUGCAAAUGCGCCUUCAAAUAAGUACAAUUUGCACAACUAUGUCAUAAAUAUUAGAGGAAAAUCAAACCGUGGAUUUUUUUUUUUCCUCAGCUACUGGAGUCAAUGUGUUAAUUUUUACUUCUGUCAUUUUUGUAUUAUUUCAUAUUUCUGUUAUUAUGGGAUAAAUCUUACAAGAUCAGUUGUAAUUGUAACAUUAUUAAUAGGCACACAAGGCUGUAGAACAAUGUCUCUUCAGAGAUAAAGCCUGGUAUGAAAAAUUGGUUAUUGUGGGAAAAUGGAAUAAUUACUACAUUUUCUGUGAAGGAGCUCACUUAGAACACUUGAAUAUAAUCAGCCACUAAUUUUUAGGUUGCCUGAGACCAUCUUUCUCCUAAUUCCUUUGGGAGUAUUCAUUUUUGCUUAUGAAUUUUUGAGUUAUCUUUACAUGUGCACCUAAACAGAUUUAGGAAAUCAUCCUCAGGUGACUAUGCUUGAAAGUUAUACAUAACUUGUUCUUUGUAUUCCGUCAUCUAUGUCAUUGAUAAAGAUGUUGAAGAGCACUGGUCCCAAGACCGACUCCUGAGGGACACCACUUGAGACCAGCCUCCACCCAGACAUAGAACUGUUGACCACAACCCUUUGGCUUUAUCCACCUAACAGUCCAUCCUUCAGAUCCAUACCUCUCCAAUUUAGAGAGAAGAAUGUGGUGAGAGAUCAUAUCAAAGGUUUUGAAAAGCCUAUUCAUUAAAUCCUGAAGUUAGCUAUA